AUGCCCCCUCGAUCUCGCAACUUAUGCCAUGUCUGUCAAGAAACCGAAUCAAAGUAUACAUGUGCAAAAUGCAGAGCAACCGUCUACUGCUCCGUAGGAUGCUACAAACGCCAUAAAGGUAUAGGUCCAGCGCUACCGCCAUCAUCUGCAGAAGCCGCAGAACAGGAAGAGACGGUUGAUGAUCCAAAGCCGCUACGCCCUCUCACUUCUCUCAACUGGCCAUACGUGCCCGAAGAGUCAGCAUAUCCCGACCCAUUGAAACGUGAUGACCCAAGGCCAAUACAACUUCACCAGUACGAAGCUAUUGCUACUUCCGCUGCUGUGCGUCACGCGCUGGAGUCAAAUCCUCGUCUGCCAGAGCUCCUCACUUCCAUUGACAAGCUCAGAGGCGCAGAUAGAGAAGAUGCCUUACAUCGCGCCCUUGGAGUUGAUACUAGACAGCUCAAGAAUGACUUAUUGGGACCUCAAGAGUUGGACGAAGACACUAGGACACUGAGACAACUCGCAGAAGCCGUAGAAGCUGCUGUACGAGGUGGAAAGGAAGGAGUGCUGGGUCUCGACUGGGACGAAUGA